AUGUCAGGCGUCCAGCAUGGAGUGGGUGAGGCCGACGCCAAGCCGGGGUGGUCGGACAACCAGGCAUUUGCAGUCCGUGCAGCCACUUUGAGUGCAGGCUCAAUCACCCUCAUUGCGUCGCUGGCGGAGAUUCUGGUCUUUCUGAGCAAGCGCAAGCUGCGGACAGGAGGCGGCCCGCUGGUCUUGCUCUUUUGGCUGGCAGUCUCCGAUGCCUUUACUGGCGCAGCCACACUCGCUGGUGGCAUCUUCCCGCCCAACACCUCGGGCACCUGGUGCACCAUCCAGGCCUUCACUCUACAGACCUCGAACCUUGCUGCUGUCGGAUGGACACUCGCCGUCGUCCACAACCUGUAUGUCGUCGUCUGCCGCAUGGAUCUCGACUACGCCCGCUUCUUCAAAUACUACCACAUGCUCAUCUGGUUGCUUGUCCUCAUCCUCGGCUUCCUCCCGCUCAGAAUCUAUGGGCCGGCAGGCGUGUGGUGCUGGAUCGGCUCGCGUCACGUGGCGUAUAGGCUCCUGUUCUAUGUCCCGCUGGUCUCAUCAUUUCCUAUCAUGCUCGGCGUCCUCGUCCGUGGACGCUACGUCCUUCGCGCCCGCAAAGACUCGCUCACGCCACUGUUGGCGUCGCGGCGGCGGAAGCUCUACUGGCGCGUCUUUGUCCUCUCGCUCAUCUUUGUCUUUUCCUGGACAGCCGCCAUCACCAACCGGACGCUUGAGCAUUUUGGACACUCGUACUUUGUUGCCGCGCUCCUUGAGGCUGCGAUGGACCCACUGCAGGGCUUCCUCAACGCCUGGGUCUUCUUCCGCAUUCCCAAGGUCCGCAACGAGCUGGGCGGGUGCUGUGGCAUGGAGAUGACCAACUACACCCGGCUCCCCUCGGCCGCAUCCUCGGUCAACGGCUCGAGCACAACGCUUCCACUCUCACCAGGUGUUUACUCCAAAUUGAGGUCGCCCAUCGCCGACUACGGGUCGGUGAGUGGCAAGAAGGGCGCGGGUACCGGCGACUACAGCUCGGCGUGGUCUUCGGCCGGCGGGCACGUGUAUCUCGGGCGUGGAGCGCCGUGAACAACGCUGUGGCAUCCUCUGAGCUAGCUGCUGCUGCUGCCGCUGCUGCUGCUACCGUCAGCCUCGCCCUCGGGCUUUCCGGCCUCGCCGCGCAGCGCCGCGACCCAGUGGCCGAGUGCAUCGGCAUCCGGGACCGAGAACAGCUGAAAGCCGCGCUGCGGAUGAGCAACGACAAACGAGUGCGGGCGAGCCGAGUCGAGGGUAAACGGAUCGACUGACGC